AUGGACGCGCUACAAGCAUGGCUCCCCCAAGCAGAAGGUCUGCUACCAAAAUGGCUGCUCUUCGUUUCCAUCGUAUCAAUGGGAAACUCGGUGCAAUCUUAUAGCACACUCGCAUUUACGUCACGCGUCUACAAUCCUACGCCAAUCGAUCCGCCUCCUACUACCCCGAAACACGUAACCGCACUCUCGUCGCGCACUUUCGGGACCUGGACUUUCCUCACAGCCAUGAUUCGGUUCUAUGCGGCCUACAAUAUCAACGAUCCUGCAUUCUAUCAGUUGGCCAUGUGGAGUUAUGCGGUGGCUUGGGGACAUUUCAUGAGUGAGUGGUGGGUGUUUGGAACGACCAGAUGGGGGAAGCCUUUGGCUGGACCGAUAAUUGUUGCAAAUACCAGUCUGAUCUGGAUGUGGCUGCAAUGGGGAUUCUAUGUCAAGGCUUAA